GUUGAUCGUUGGAUACCCGUGAAACGAUAUAAAAUGUCACUCGAUGGCUUGCUUGAUGAUCUCAUCCACAGCAUCCUACUUUACUCCGAAACAACUACUCAUCUCAAAACUCUGCUACAUCCUGAACAUGGCAAAGAUCAUCAUCAUCGGUGCCGGCUUCGCUGGCGUCUGGAGUGCUCUCUCUGCAAAGCGCCUCCUCAACCUCAAGAACAAGGAGGAUGUCGAAGUCAUUGUCAUCGCUCCCGAGCCAACCAUGAUCAUGCGGAUUCGGCUGUACGAGAACAACGCUUCCUCCAUGACCCAUCCUCUUGGACCUCUCUUUGAAGCCGCAGGCAUCAAAUAUGUCCAAGGUACCGUCACAACCAUCCAACCUGAAGCGCACACCAUCCUCGUCCAAUCCCCCUCAUACAUCGAGUCAAGCAUGACCUAUGACCGCCUCGUCCUCGCAGCCGGAAGCACCCUCACCCAACCCCACGGCAUCCCAGGCCUCCAAGAACAUGCCUUCAACAUCGACUCUCUCCCCUCCGCAACCAAACUGGAAGACCACCUCAAAAGCCUCGCCGCCCUCCCAGCAACCCCCGCCCGAGACACCAUAGUCAUCUGCGGCGCCGGCUUCACCGGCAUCGAACUGGCCACCGAGCUUCCCAAACGCCUCAAACACCUCCCCAACCCCCGCAUCAUCCUCAUCGACAUCGCCGACUCCAUCGGCCCCGAACUGGGCCCCGGCCCCCGCCCCAUCAUCACCCAAGCCUUACACGACCUGAAAAUCGAAGUAAAACUCAAUUCAGCAAUCACCUCCAUCAGCGCGGACACCAUCACCCUCUCCUCGGGCGACCAAAUCGCCACCAAAACCACCAUUUGGACCGCAGGAGUAACCGCCACCCCCCUCACACACCAAAUCCCCUGCCCCAGGGACAAAUCCUCCCGUCUCCACGUCACCCAACACCUCCGCGUCCCAUCCACCCCGGAUAUCUUCGCCACCGGCGACGCUGCCUGCGUUCUCGCCGACAAUGACGGCCACUACGCACUCAUGUCCUGCCAACACGCGUUGGAACUUGGUCGUGUAGCGGGCCAUAACGCGGCCGCGGAUUUCCUCGGUGAGGCUGUGGUGGAGUACUCCCAGCCUGGGUACGUGACUUGUUUGGAUUUGGGGGCGUGGGGGGCCGUGGUCUCCGGGGGAUGGGAACGGGAGGUGAAGUUUGUGGGGGAGCUCGCGAAGAGGGUGAAGGGGUUUAUCAAUGGAAAGGCGGUUUAUCCGCCUACUGAUGCGAGGGAGGCUUUGAUUGCGGCGGAACCGGGGUUGUAUAAGGCGGAUGAGUUGUUGGAGGAGAUUAUUCGGGUGGUGGGGUAGAUUGGGUGUCUAGGAGGAGCAGAGGUGGCAGGUUGUCUUUGGGAGUGAAUGUUUACUGCGCUUGUUUGUUUGUUAUCUACUUCUUUUCCCAUUAUUGCUUCAUUGUAAUAUCUUGUUUCUUGUAUUUUGAUUCAGUCCUUAACCUUGCCUCAGCUUAUUGUCUUUCACUGCCCAGUGGAACACUGCUAGUCCUCAUGAAAGAACAUAUAGA